AAACGAAUCCAAGAAGAGUCCAAGAGAGAGACCAAACUUCCAAUAGCUGAACAUUGUGAUCAAGCUCUUGAUGUUGUGUAACAGUUUGGAUGUUUGGGGGUCGUUUUGUAAUAAUGUAGGGAAAGAGGGAUGGAUUUGUAAGUAAGAGAUAGCACCUGUUAGGAGAAGGUACUUAAGGUACUUUGUAAGGAUUAUCGAUUACAGAAAUAAGAAAUCACUUUUCCCUUCCCAUUCUCCUCUCUGUUCUUCUUCCUCUCUCUCCCUUCUCUCUGCAAUUCUUCUCAUUUCUUCUCCAAUUCUUGCUGAGCUGAUCCAGAGUGUUACAACGUGGUAUCAGAGCCUUUUCUCAGCACCAUGGCGACGACUACUUCUCGCCUGGCUCAGAUUGACGAGCGCUUGAUGGAUUUUGAUCAACGUUCCGCCGCUGUUGAUGGUCGCCUCACACUCAUCGAGGAUCAGAUUUCGGAAAUCGGUGCUCGUACAGAAGUUCUUCGCACGCAAGGAGAAGCACAUGAUCUCCGAUUUCAAUCGCUGACGACGAGCGCGGACGGCCAUUCGCAGCAGCUAGCCAUGAUUGUCACGCAAAAUCGUAAUGUCGAGACUCGAUUGGAUGGCUUCGAGACGCAGUUCGGGGAUCAGUUUGGGGCAUUGAACGGCCAGAUUACGCAAUUGACUGGUCAAAUGGCGGCGAUGAUGAAUCUCUUGCAGAAUGCGCCGCAGCCGGUGCCGUUACCGCCGAUUUUAGGAGUUCCUCCGGCGCCACCUGCUCGCAACAAUAAUCCUGGUAUCCUGCCUUUACCUAGGGUUGGCAUGCUGGAGGAUGUCAAUCCUCCUGCUCGGGGCCGCGUUCAGGAGCAUCGUGAUGUUGAACGUGAGGAUGGCCCUCCGCCUCGAGGUAAUCACUAUUCGCUUCCUCGUCUGGAGUUUCCAUUCUUUAGUGGCGAGAACCCUAGGGAUUGGAUUCGUCGUUGCGAGAAGCUGUUUAGGGUGUAUGGUGUGCCUGAAGGGGAAAAGGUGGAGCUAGCUUCCGUUUUCUUGGAACGGAAGGCGGAUGUGUGGUUCAAAGGAUGGUCUGUGGAACAUGAAGACUGGUUAUGGGGGGAGUUUGUGGCUGAAUUGGUUCGUCGUUUUGAGGAUGUGUCAAUGGGGGGUGUAGUCGGUGAGUUUAAUAAGCUCAGACAGCGAGGAUCCCUUUUGGACUACCAGGAGAAGUUUGAUGAUCUCCGUUCACAGAUGAUUGCAUAUAAUCCUGCCUUCACGGAGGAUUACUUUAUAUCCAGCUUCAUCAGUGGAUUAGAGGAUGAAUUGAGGCCAGUGGUUACUAUGUUGCGGCCUCAAUCUCUCUCUCAGGCCUACCUGAUGGCCAAAUUGGAGGAAGCCUCCAAUGAGGCUCGACGACGGAAAUGGCGUUCCUUGUCUCGGCCAUUUCCAACUCCUCAGAGCAGUAAUAAGUCGGUUGCAUCACCUUCCAGUCGUCCUGCUAAAGCCUCUCCAUCCGGUGCGACCUCUAAAGGAAGCAUGGGUACUAGGGGUGCCUGUUACAAGUGUGGGGAGCGGUAUUUUUAUGGUCAUGUCUGUGACACAGCUAAGAAGCAUCUCAAUGCUUUGCAGGCCACGGAUGAAGAGCUGGUAAUUCCUGAAUCCAGCAGUGAUGAGGAUGAUGGGGUCGAUGCUGGUUUGGUGGAGGAGGAGCCGGAGGAAGUUGCUAUGCAAGCCUUAAGUAGUGGUAAAAUGACCAGUUCGUUGGUGGUACAAGGGCGGGCCAGGAAGUGUCGAUUGUUGAUUUUGGUGGACACUGGAAGCACUCACACAUUUCUUAAUCAGGCUAAGGUUGCAGAGUUGCAGUGUUUGGUUGAGGCUGCUCCUCCCUUGCGAGUGAAGUUGGCGGAUGGCACUGUAUUAAUGAGUCAUUCAGUAUGCAAGGGGUUUCAGUGGGAGAUGCAGGGGCACAAAUUUUCUUUUGAUGCUCGGGUACUGAAUUUAGGUACUCAUGAUAUGGUCUUGGGAUUGGACUGGUUGCGGACAAUUAGUCCAGUCAAGUUCGAUUUUGUGCAGCUGCAGUUGUUCUUCCAAAAGAAUGGUCAGGAAGUGGUAUUGACUGGGGAGCAAGAAGUGGGAACUUAUAAACUUCUUUCGGGUAAGGAGAUGAAGAAACUAUGGAAGCAUAUGGGGCAGGAGUGGACAGCAUACCUUUGCAGCAUGGUUGAGGUCAAGGCACCAGGUGAGAUUCCUUCGUUUCUUCUUCCUGUGGUUGACGAGUACUCAGAUGUGUUUGGUAAACCCAAAUCCUUACCUCCUUCUAGAGCAUGUGACCAUUCCAUACCACUGCAGCCUAAUUCCCAGCCUGUUAACCUUCGUCCUUAUCGUUACCCUCUACCUCAGAAAGAUGUUGUUGAGAAAAUGACCAAUGAGAUGAUGGCAGCUCAACUCAUACAGCCCAGUAAAAGUCCCUUUGCCUCCCCUGUGUUGUUAGUAGCCAAGAAAGAUGGUACCUCUCGUUUUUGUGUAGAUUAUAGGCAACUUAACUCCAUAACCAUCAAAGACAAGUUCCCUAUUCCUGUCAUUGAGGAUUUUCUCGAUGAAUUGAGGGGUUCGAAGUAUUUUACCAAGUUAGAUCUUCUGUCGGGGUACCAUCAAAUUAGGAUGAACCAUGCUGACCAAUACAAGACAGCCUUUAGAACUCAUAAUGGCCAUUUUGAAUUCCUUUUUAUGCCCUUUGGCUUAACCAAUGCCCCUGCCACUUUCCAGGCCCUUAUGAACUCUAUAUUCUCUGCUCAUCUUAGGAAGUUCAUCUUAGUCUUCUUUGAUGACAUCCUUGUGUACAGCCCUGAUGAAACUAGCCAUAUAACUCACCUUAGGACUACCCUUUCUAUCCUUCGCCAACAUAACCUCUAUGCCAAACCCUCCAAAUGUUCCUUUGGCCAAACACAGGUUGAGUACUUGGGUCACAUAAUCACUAGCGAGGGAGUCUCAACUAAUCCUGCCAAGAUCUCAGCUAUGGUGUCAUGGCCUCGUCCUAAAAAUGUAAAGGAGCUGAGGGGAUUCUUGGGUCUUACGGGGUACUAUAGGAAGUUUGUGAAGGAUUAUGGGGCUAUUAGCAGACCACUUACUGAUCUUUUGAAGAAAGAAGGAUUUGUUUGGAACUCUGGGGCUGAAGCUGCUUUUGAAAAACUUAAGGCUGCCAUGACUCAUGUACCUGUGCUGGCUUUGCCAGACUUCACCAAGCCAUUCACCUUGGAAACGGAUGCCAGUGACACUGGAAUUGGUGCUGUGCUUACACAGGAGGGAAGACCCAUUGCUUACCUGAGUCAGGCCCUCGGAAUUAGGCAGCAAGGCAUGUCAGCUUACGAAAAGGAGUACCUGGCAGUAUUGAUGGCAGUCACCAAGUGGCGACAUUACUUAGAAGGGAGGCGAUUCACGAUCCUGAAUGACCACGAGAGUCUGAAGCAUUUAUUGGGUCAGAAAAUACACACUCAGAUUCAGAAGAAGGGUCUGGUUAAGUUACUUGGGUUAGACUAUGAGAUUAGAUAUCGUCAGGGUCGUUACAACAAAGUGGCAGAUGCCCUUUCAAGACAUCCUGAUCUGUUCAGUAGCAGUUGUCAUGCUGUGACAGCAGUCUUACCUGCUUGGUUGGGGGAAGUGGAAGCAUCCUACAAAGAUGAUGAAUGGUUAAAAGAGGCUAUGGUGGAGGCAGCAGUUCCUACAGUGGGGCCUAAGGUAAACACGGUUAGACAGGGUGUGUUGCACCAUAAGUCUGCCAUUUAUGUAGGGAAGGCUGGCAGUAUGAGAGAACAGGUACUGCAAUUGUUUCAUGAGUCUCCCAUAGGAGGCCAUUCAGGAACGCAGGCCACGUAUCAGAGGCUGAAGACUUACUUUUGGUGGCCUGGUCUGAAGCGGGAUGUUAGACAAUUCAUUGCUGAUUGUGAUGUUUGCCAAAAGUGCAAGAGUGAGAAUGUACCUUACCCUGGAAUUUUACAGCCCUUGCCCAUACCAGAGGGAGCUUGGAAGCAUAUUUCUAUGGACUUUAUUGAGGGGUUGCCAAAAUCUGGGGGAAAGGAAGUGAUUCUAGUGGUGGUCGAUCGGUUCACCAAGUAUGGACACUUCUUUGGGCUUAGCAGACCAUAUACAGCUGCUUCAGUGGCUCAGGUGUUCUUGGAGGGGGUGUUUAAGCUUCAUGGUAUGCCCCAGUCCAUUGUCUCGGACAGAGAUGUGAUCUUUACCAGCAAUUUCUGGACCAAUUUAUUUGCAUUGCAGGGUACUCAGUUACACUACUCCACAGCUUAUCACCCUCAGACGGAUGGACAAACUGAGAGAUUGAAUCGCUGUUUGGAGGAUUACCUUCGAUGUAUGGCCCUAACUGGUUCUGCUACUUGGGUUUCCUGGUUACCUUUAGCAGAAUGGUGGUACAAUACCAACUAUCACCAUAGUCUGCAGAUCACUCCUUUCCAGGCCUUAUAUGGUUACUCUCCUUCUCACUUUGGCAUUCAGAAUCCACUCUCCACGUCGGUCGCAGCCGUGGCGGAUAAGCUUAGGGAGCAUCAGAGGUUGGUUGGACUUCUCAGACACAAUUUGGCCAAGGCUCAAAAUCGUCAAAAGCAAAUGGCAGACAAGCACAGGACUGAGCGAGUGUUUCAGAAGGGAGAUUGGGUGUAUUUGAAGUUGAGACCAUAUAGACAGACCUCGGUACAGCAGCGGGCUAAUCAGAAGUUGGCACCAAAGUUUUAUGGACCAUUUCUGGUGUUUCAGAAGAUUGGAGUUGUUGCAUACAAGUUGCAGCUGCCUGAGGGUGCUGCAAUUCAUAAUGUCUUUCAUGUGUCACAGUUGAAGAAGGCCAGAGGAGCUCAGGUGCUUGUGCAACCAACAUUGCCUGAAGUGGAUGAUGCUGGAACACUGAAGUUGGAACCCACUGCUGUGCUUGCAAGGAGGGUUGUGGAGCGUGAUAAUAGGACUGCUACUCAGCUCUUGAUUCAGUGGUCACAUCAGCAAGAAGAGGAUGCUACCUGGGAAUUCUUAGAUGAACUGAAGCUGAAAUUUCUAGAUUUUGCGACUUGAGGACAAGUCUUAGCUGAAGGGGUAGGACUUGUAACAGUUUGGAUGUUUGGGGGUCGUUUUGUAAUAAUGUAGGGAAAGGGGGAUGGAUUUGUAAGUAAGAGAUAGCAGCUGUUAGGAGAAGGUACUUAAGGUACUUUGUAAGGAUUGUCAAUUACAGAAAUAAGAAAUCACUUUUCCCUUC